GAGUUGGUUCUUCAGAAUCGCAGCCACACUCAACGCCCCCAAGCUGCUGCGGAUAGAUGAUAGCAAAACGGAUACCAUCCACUACUGUUCCUGCGGAUUUCUUGCUCUCACGACGCACGUUCGAGCACACUGGGUUGCUGCUCUAUGUUAGCCCGAGAUUCAAUACAUCACUGGCUCUAGGGCGCUCCUGGGCGAUUCUCUUUGUCGGUCCACCCUGAUCGUUUUACUAUGGCGCCUCCCUAUAAGCGAGUGUGGCCUGAGGAGACAGUCGCGUUCCGAAGCGUGCUCACGGCAGUUUGCUUUCCAUUCCAUUCCUUCUUUGCGCCCAUCUUUCCCCCUCGCUCGCUAGUACCAUCAGUACACGGUCUUUGGAAUGUCUUGGCAAUAAAAUGCAACGGCCGUGCUCGAGACGGCCGACAACCAGCAUUUCUAUAAUCUCAAUCUGGGCCCCUACCUGUGCGGGUCAGUCUCAAUGAUACCGUACUGGCCGCCACGCACACCAUCUCUGAGAGUGGAAAAUUCGCAGGCUGGCCGCACAGACUUUCAUGAUGGGCUGUCUUACGCUUCAGAUGUGGAAGUACUUCGAGGACCAUGGCGACGACACGCGCAACAUGAAGAUCUUCGUGUCCAUCCUCCGUUUCUUCAUGAGCCUGUUCCAAUCUGCGACCGAUUGCCUCUGAUCUCGGUCUGCAGCCAACUGAUGUACAACGCUUUCGUAUCGAGCUACGGGGAUAUCCUCCAUUGGAACAGAUAUGGGUGGACAUUCACUUACGAGCCGGCUUGGACUGCCCUCAUCGCUGCGCUGGCUCAAGGAUUCUUCCUGCAUCGAUGCUGGAUCGUGAGCAAGUCUAUCGGUAUUGGUCGUGGGCGGACUGGGAAUCAUGGUUUCACUCGCUGCGGGCAUCGCCUCGACUGCGGGUCUCGUUGCUCGUCCAUAUUACACGGAGACUUCAAUUGUCAUCGUCCAGGUCACGACAUGGCUGAUAGCCACUGCCAUCCCCGAUCUAGGCAUUUCCAUCGUUUUGAUCACCCAUCUGCGCAAGAUGAAGACUGGUUUCAAGAAGACGGCAAGACUUCGUUCUCCAUCUCGCGAUGCGCAAGAUCUCCGAUCCCUCCCCUUUCCCAGGAAAAGACGUUGUCCCGCGUGGUGCGGGUGACAUUCGAGACAGCCUUGAUCACUUCGCUCGUCGCCCUCGUUGAUCUGCUGCUUUACGUAAUCAUGGGAAAGCGAAACAGCAUCCAUCUUGCGUUCCAGCUCGUCGUCGGCAAGACAUACAACCAUUCUAUCAUGGUCACCCUCUUGUCCCAAACUCGGAUCCGGAGCGAACUCGACUCCAAUUUGCUGGGCCGGAUGGCUGACUCUGGCUCUGGCCAGACGAAGCCCCAUAAAAUCAAUACUGGUAUCACGGUCACCAGGACCCAGAUCCGGGUGGCCGAUCACUUGGACUAUUCCAUGCACUCCAUCAAGUCGAUGUCACCCUCGGAACGUGGCGAGGAAGAGAGAGACGCCAAUUCCGUCAAGGAUCGGAUCGCUUGA